AUGCAAGAAAAGGAAAGUUGGUUUACCCCAACUUAUAGUAAAAAAUUUAGAAAAGAGUGGAAGACAAAUCCCCAAUUGAGGGAUUGGAUUAGUGAAUCUGACAAUGCAUCAAAGGCUUUUUGUCGCUAUUGCAAUUGUAAUUUGCAAUGUAAAUUCUCAGAUUUAAUUGCUCAUGCAUCUACAAAUAAGCAUAAGACAGCUAAAGGUGGCUUUGUACAACAAAAUAAAAUUCCCUUUCAAUCAUCAAACCAUAAAGUCCAAAUGAAUGAAGCUGCAUUGUCAAAGUAUUUUUGUCAACACGGACCUAUAGCUCCUGUAGAUCAUUUGACGUCGCUUUUAAAGAAACAGUUUGACGAUUCUACGAACUGUCAACAAAUUCGAUUACAUAUAACCAAGUGUUCCAAAAUUGUUAAAAAUGUUUUGUCAAUACACUUUAAGGAAGACUUACAGAAAGAUAUUGGUGACUCACAUUUUAUUCUCCUUUUUGAUGAAUCGACUGAUAUUGAAAUAGUUAAAUAA